AUGGGGCUGCAGGAGCCUGGGGGUGGCACGUGGGAGCUGCGAGUGCUGAAGGUGCUGCCCCCCCGCUGCCGCAACUCUCCUCCGGAUGCCGUCGUGUCCCAGCCCUGCCUCCUGUCGGAAAAAGCCCCUGAGGAGCAGCCCUGCGGGCUCCGCGCCCCUCAUCCCAAAUUGCUCAAAGUACAGGUUGUGCAAAGCGGCGGCGCGCGGCGAGUGUUCCCGGCCCGCCGGCGGUUUCUCCGUGCGGCUGGUGGCUCCUGGCUGACUCAGGGGAGAGGCAGGCUGGAAUCACCGCGGUUCGGAGAGGUGUCGGCGCUGGAGCCACGCCAUGGCAGCCGCCUCUCCCGCGCGUGCCUCCGCGCGGACACCGGCCCCAGGGCGCUGCUGUCACCACCAAGGGCAGGCCUGGGCCGCCCGCACCAGGAUCACAUCGCCCUCGCUCUGCUCCCGCCUCGCGUCCCCACAGGGCUCCCUCGCGUCUCCCACGCUCCACACGCUCCUGCCAAGCACGGCCGAGACGCGUGCGGGGCUCAGGCUGUGCUGACUCCUCCCCUGGCAGCUUUUUCCUCCCACAAGCCACGAGCGGGACGGACGGGGCGGUUUGGGGGCCACUGCCCUUCGCAGCCCCUGCGGCCCCGGCGCCCCUCGCCCGGGUGGGCUCUGCUGUGCGAGAGGGGCUGUCGUGUGAACCCCAGCCUGGGCUGGUGUGUGGGCUCUGCCCCGGCCCCCGGUGCCGCCCGCGGCAGCUCCGACCGGUUUGUGGAUCUUGGCGGCGGCGACACCUCCUGCCCGGGGCCUAAUUGCAGGAUGGGAAGCGAUCGGCAGAUGCCAAGGAUCAAACAAGAGCCCCUUGUGCCCCGGCAGGGGAUGGAGCUGAGCGGGAUGAGCCGCGGGCUCCUGGUGGGAGGCGCGAUGCUCCCGGGAGCUCGGCCGGCAGCUCCGCGAGCUGGGUGCGGCGCGCUGCCCAGGGGGCGGGUGACGGCCUUCGUCGGCCACAACAUCGUGGUGGCCCAGAUCAUCUGGGAAGGGCUGUGGAUGAACUGCGUGGUGCAGAGCACGGGGCAGAUGCAGUGCCGUGUGUACGAGUCCAUGCUGGCGCUGCCGCAGGACCUGCAGGCCGCCCGCGCCCUCGUGGUCAUCGCCAUCGUGCUGGCCGUGCUGGGCACCCUGCUCGCCAUCACCGGGGGGAAGUGCACCAACUGCGUGGAGGAUGACACCGCCAAGGCCAGGGUCAUGAUCGUCUCUGGGAUCAUCUUUGUGAUCGCCGGCAUCAUGAUCCUCAUCCCCAUCUCCUGGUCAGCCAACAGCAUCAUCCGGGACUUCUACGACCCGCUGGUCACGGAGUCGCAGAAGCGGGAGCUGGGCUCCUCGCUGUAUGUGGGCUGGGCGGCCUCCGCGCUGCUGCUCAUCGGCGGGCUCAUCCUCUGCUGCAGCUGCCCGCGGCACGGCGAGAAGCCCUACUCUGCCAAGUACACGGCGUCGCGCUCCGUGCCUGGGAAGGACAGAGAAGGCAGUGAGGAAGGAGAGGUCACAGAAACCGAAACCCGGCACCGAGAACGGAGGCGAAACCUCUCACAGCUGCCGCAGGGUGUGUCGGACACGUACGUUGGCACUGCUGAUGCCCCUGUCCAUAACACCCUGUCCAUGGCAGCGCUGUGCAGCGGCGCCGGCCGCUCGCUCCUCUCGCAGGGCCAGGCAGGCCCCGCGUCCUGCCGGGCUCCUGGCUGCGGCUCUAUGUGGCGCCAGGCACCCCGUGGGGAUGAGCAGCGAGUUCGGCAUGGUGAGCAGCUCUGCUUUGCCUCCAGGAUGGCUUCCUGCGCCGUUCCCGGUGGGAAAGAAGAGCUGGUAUCGCUGAAAGUGCUGAGCACUAAAAGUCAGUAUCAGGGAAAGCCGUGA